CCUGGUGGACCCUGGUGGAAACUCUUUUCCGGGCUUUCCAUAUAACUACCACUUCCUCACUCAUCUUUCACUAUCCUCUUGGUUGCCUCCACCACUUGCCAGUAGAUAGGCAGCCUCGACAACUCGUAUCUCGGCGUCUCGUUCCAAAUAUCCCCUCCCCUCGUCAGUGACCACGCUUGGAGUCAUGUCAUCCUACACCCCACAGACAGAUCUGUCGCUUGAACGAUCUCGACUCGAUGGAAUGGUCUUAGGGGGUGUAUCCUACGGCGUAUUUUUUCUCUUCACAGUACAAACCUGGAUCGCUCUCGUACAGCGGCCUCGACAUGGAGAUAAAACUGUGGGCCAUCGUCGCGCGCUUAUUUUGUACAUCUUCAUCACGUUCGUGUUGGGGACGAUAGCCUUCGCUGCGAACGCAAAAUAUACGGAGAUGAUUUGGAUAGACCUUCGUGAUGCACCUGGUGGCCCGACCGCUCUAAUUGUGAAUGAAAUGGAUUAUCGUAUCAACGUUUUGGCGAUUUCUUGUGGUCACAUCCAAGAGUGGCUUAUGCAGGCUCUGCUCCUUCACCGAUGUUUCGUGAUAUGGAAUUGGGCAAGACGCGUGAUGAUCCCGAUGAUCACUCUCUAUGCUACCAUGAUAGCGCUGUCUAUUUGCAGCCUGAUCCAGGCGAGCAACGGUGCCGUAAUUUACAAAAUCGACGUCAUACUUGUCUACCUCUGCUUCCAUGUGGGGCUCACUUCGAUUUAUACCAUCCUCGUGGUUGGUCGUUUGCUUUCCAUGCGAAGCCAGAUGAAGCGUGUCGUGGCCGAAUAUGAUUCUAGCACCUAUGACACUGUCGUCCUCAUGGUCAUCGAGUCCGCCUUGUUAUAUUCUGUCUUCGCUAUGAUUUUCAUAGUUGCCUUUGCUCUGCAUUGGAACGAUGUCUCCACCGUAUGCUUCUUGUCUAUUAGCUCAAUACAGGGUAUUGCUCAAUUAUUCAUCAUCCUUCGCGUCGCACGGGGUCAGGCAGUUACACACGAAUGGUCGAGCCGCACUGCUGCUGCACCUACGACUGUAGUAUUCGCAGAGACUGUAUCGGCAGGUUCAAACAAUGAAGGGAUUAAUAGCCCACCACAUGAGACAUGUUCUGCUUCCGCGAAGGCAGCGGGAGUAGCCGUGUGUAUAGCAUAAAAUGAUGUGACAUCGUUUAACCUUAUACCUGCAUGUGAUCUUCUUUGUUUGUGUUACA